UUGAAUACAAAGAAAGCUCUUGGCUUCUCCCUCCCUCCGACAUCCACACACCAUUCUUCCACCUUACUUUUCAACUUUAUAUAUAUAUAUAUAUAUAUAUAAAAUAUAUAGCAGAAGAAGCCAAAAAAGUUGGUCUCCUAUGGCCUCGCCUGCGGAUCAGCAGGCCGCAGCCUCGGCCUUGGAUUUCAUCCGCCACCACCUCCUCGACGAUCACUUUGCUUUCUCAGAGAAUUGUAGCGUGAUCAAUGAUCAUAUCAACCUUAAUAAUCCAUCAAAUUUCACGUCCUUUGGAAACAAAUUCGCCCACAUUUCCCCGGCUCCUGAACCAGCCGCCUCCGAGUUUAACGAAUGGUUGAGCUUCGAAUAUGUAUCGAGGUUCGAGAUACAGCCACAGCCGGAUGUAAUUGCUUCGGCUCCUGGCUGGCCGGACCCCAUUUCGACCGUGAAGGCGUCGUGCUCCGGCGUCAGGAGGCUGCACUACCGGGGCGUCCGGCGGCGUCCAUGGGGGAAGUUCGCGGCGGAGAUUCGGGACCCGAACAAGAGAGGCACCAGGGUGUGGCUGGGUACUUUCGACACCGACGUCGAGGCGGCGAAGGCCUACGACCGGGCUGCGUUCAAGCUGCGUGGAUGCAAGGCCAUAGUCAACUUUCCCGAUGAAAUCGGGAAAUUGCCGGAGUGGGUCUCCGAGCCACCGGCGGAGAGUUCCAGGAAAAGACGCAGAAUGAGUGGUUCAGGCGCCGGUGAAAGAGCGGGGAGGGCGAAGGUCGAGUCUCCGGAUAAGGAGACCGUUCCGGCCGCUUGUCCUGCCAGCCCGCCGAAUUGGAUUUUGGACGUGCCACUUUCGCCAUCGUCGCCAUUAUCGACUUAUGCCUACCAUGGGCCACAGUCGCAGCUUGUCGUUAUGUAACGGCAUUUGGAAAUUACAACAGUUAGGCAAGUUUGAACAAUGUAUAAAUAAGAGUCUGGCCGUUGGAUAAAAGGAGGGAAGUAAUUCCAUGGAACAAACCCCCAAGUUUUAAUCACAAUACUUUGAGAUAUAUAGUUUCCAUAUGAACUCUAUUUCGAUUUCGGUAAUAAUUUUUGUCAGUUCAGUUAUAAAAUUAGUUCAAAUACUUGAU